ACGAUAAAAAAACGAUCUUUCUUUAAUCAUUCAACAGAAUCCAAAUUCCCCAUGCCAAACCCUAUCGUAUACAUUGCAGUCGGUUCAGAAUCUGAAGAAGAAACCGAACCAGAAUCAGAAGAAGAUUCCGGAGAAACUGAAGAACAAAAUUCCCAAUCCGAAGAAGAAGAAGAAGAAGGGUUUAUUCCUGUGAUGGAAUCGCCUAGGGUUUUGUCCGAAAAAGAAGACGAGGAAGGAGGAGAAGGCAAGUGCUGUUCGAGUGCGGGCGAGGUUGGGGAAAAUUCUCAAGGUAACGAAUGGAAUCGUGGCGACAUCGAUGGGUUGUUUUGUACCAUCUGUAUGGAAGCUUGGACUACAGCAGGUGACCAUCAUGUCUGUUGUCUUCCUUGUGGGCAUAUAUUUGGUUUUUCGUGCAUCCGAAAAUGGUUACAGCAAGGUCGACCUACCAAAAAGUGUCCUCAAUGUAACAGGAAAUGCACAAUGAAGGAUGUAAGGAAAUUAUUUGCGUCAAGGAUUGUUGCUAUUGAUGGAGAAUCACAAAAGAGAAUUCAAUCUCUUGAAGCUAAAUGUAUCUCUCUCGAAAAGAAGAAUGCUGUUUUGAUUAAAAACAAAGCUGAAUGGCGAAAAAAAGAAGCUGAAUGGAAACAGAGAGAAGCCCUGUUGGAACAACAACUUCGCCAGUUUAAGGAGACAACAAAUUAUUUGGAACACUUAUUAGAUGUGCAGAGUAGGACACUGGGACAUCCACCUUCAAUGGGAGGCUAUCAAGUGCCAUCUCUUGUAGGCCAAAACCUAGGCUCAGAGUUUUAUGGGAAUGGACCUUUCAUAUUGCAGAAGGAGCUUGGUGUGGAUGGUGCACGGCUAUUUGAUAUAGAUGCUUCAAGCAAAAUUAUAUUAAUGGCACGAAGAUUGCAAGGGUUGAGCGGAACACAUGUUCUUACCAAAACGGGCUUGGUAGCUCCGUAUAUGAGAGAGGACAUUAUUUUGCCUUUUGGUACUAAAGCUGUUAGGGAUCUGCACAUGCCCUCUGGUAGUAGCUUGGCACUUUUUGCUUCCCUCGGAAACAAAUUAUCAGUUCUUAGCACAAAAAUUAACCAAGUUACCCUUGUAUAUGAUCUACCGGCUCCUGCAUGGUCUUGUUCAUGGGAUCUCAACAGUUCACAUCAAAUAUAUGCUGGGCUGCAGAAUGGCUCUCUUUGUGUGUUUGAUAUGCGCCAAACUGCCAAGCCUCUGGAGUUUGUUCACGGGUUGACAAGCAACCCAAUUCAUACAAUAUACUCGACACCUAAUUCAACCCUUCCUUCAGGUGUUACGACUGUACUGUCAGCGUCAUCCUCUGGCAUUUGUCACUGGAACUUUGGUGGAUCUGAGCAAAGGCGAUUUUUGGUUUCGGAGGCUGGCAAUCAAGGAGCUUGCAUAUCUCUUGCUUAUUCUCCUAGCAGUGAUGACAUGGUUGCUUCAUUUCGCCCAAGAAUUGACAAUUCUAACGAGAUGGCAUCUUCUCAACCCUUACUUACUCCUGCUCAUGCUCUUGGGCAAGGGGUUCAAGGUUCCCAUGUUCAUUUGAAGAGAGUCGGAAGCAACUGCUAUCAGAAGUUGGCGGUUACAUGUGCCAAUGUCAAUGACGUUCGAUUGCUAAGAUCCACAGUUAUGAACAUAGAGAAUCAUGGGUGUUUGUUUGUAUCAGGGGAUGAACUUACCUGUGAAUUGGUCUUGCAAGAGUUGCCAUCUUUUACUGUUGUUCAGCACCUUAAGUCACCAAAGCAACCUAUUUAUGAUGUAAAGCAUGCACAUGCCUGUGAAGGAGGCUUGUUAGGUUGUUUAAGUGAGGGUAUUUUGCUGCUUUACAGUAAUCAUGCUCUAAAAUAGAUUUAGAUUCUAACUGGGAAUCUGUCCGAAAGAAUUCCUUUCCUAACGACAUGAUCGUGAAUAUAUAUAUCUAUAUUUACCUAGAUUUAGGGCCAUCUGAUGGUUGAGAGUUAUUGCAGUGAAGGUUGCAAUAACUUUUGCUGAUACUGUAGGAGUCUCUUGAACGUGAUUGCAGGUUUCCGGAUGAUACCGGAGGUGAUCGACCCACAUCAGAUGGUAUUGUUUUUUGUCG